AUGUCGCAAAAUUCAAACUCAGAAUAUGUGACCAAUGAGGUUGCUACAAUCACUUCUUCCGAAACGGGUACCAAAUCAAACGAAUCCUCGGGAAUCACGAGUGGUAUGCAAGAAGUUCGUGAUGUGAACGGUGUUGAUCUUGAAAAGGCAAAAGACGAAGAUGUCAAGGCCGAAAUGACCAAAACCCAAGUUAUAUUGGUUUUUGUUGGUCUUUGCUUUGGCAUGUUUCUGGCUGCAUUAGAUCAGACAAUAGUAGCGACCGUGGUGCCCAAGAUUGCAUUCGACUUUAAAGAUCUUGACAGAAUCGCGUGGAUUGGAACAUCUUAUCUACUCACAGUGUCAGCUUUCCAACCAACAUAUGGGAAGCUCUCGGACAUAUUCGGAAGGAAAAUAACGUUUUUAAUGGCAAUUCUAAUUUUUGAAAUUGGAUCUUUGUUAUGCGGUCUUUCUAACAGCAUGACAAUGAUCAUUAUCUCACGCGCCGUUGCCGGUGUGGGCGGAGGUGGUGCUAUAACAAUUAUUGUGUCAUUACUAUUUCUUCAUCUUCAUCAAUCUACUGGAUCUUUUCGUGAAAAACUUGUACGCAUUGAUUGGUUGGGAACUGUCAUGAUCGCUGUCUCUACAGUCUUGAUUCUGCUCGCGCUAAACUGGGGUGGAAACGAGUAUGCAUGGAAUUCUGCUUUAAUUAUUAUUUUACUUAUCAUCGGUAUGAUUGGAUUUAUCCUUUUCGGGUUUGUGGAAUCUCAUUUUGCUUUAGAACCUUUGGCUCCCAUUCGAUUGUUUAAAUAUCACACCGUGACUGUUAAUUUGCUUGUAAAUAUUUUCCAUGGAAUGGCCUUUUUCUCAAUCGUUUAUUUCAUUCCGCUAUUCUACCAAGUUGUCGAUGGUGAUAACGCAACCAAUUCUGGCCUCAAGCUUCUUCCAUUCAUUCUUG